AUGGCAAACGUGGAUGACGCAGUGAAUACCCCAGUUAUGGUUGAUUCAAACGAUGAUGGAACAGUCGCCCAGGAACUGGAACUAGAGAAAAUGAGGAAUACAUUGGAAAAGGCGAUUGUGGAAACGCGCAGUACGCCUCUCGAAAAACGACCGCAACUUCCCCCGCAUAGCCUUAAGCAAGCGGAAUCGGGCUGUCGUGAGAGCUCUGAACCCAAUGCUGGUGACCUAUUUGGAAGCCAGCCGGGACCUUUGCGAGACGGACUCAAUUAUAUAGUAUUAUAG